AUGUUGGUUGACUUGGUACUUGAGAAUUGGCAGAAAGGAACAAUGGUGGAGAUGAUAGACCAGAGGCUCCAAGGCAAGUGCAAAACGGAUGAGGCAUGCCUGGUCCUGAAGUUUGGUCUAUUAUGCUCACAACCCUUUGCUAGCACAAGGCCUAGCAUGCAUCAAGUCAUGCAAUACCUCAACGGAGACGUGCCAUUAUCAGAGUUCGCACCAACCGAUAUGAGCUUCAGCAUGCAAGCCUUGAUGGAAAACAGGGGAUUCAACCCUUCUAUCGUGUCAAAUCCACAGUUCAUGACAAGCAUUGCUACAUUGUCAGGCCUCUCGGGAGGGAGAUAA